AUGGUUUUGCCGUCUAUGAAGUCGAUCAAAUCAUUGAAGUCACUUGUUAAAAGAAGAAACAAUGGUCAAGAAGGGAGUAAAUCCGGGUGGAAAAUGAAGCCCUUUUUGGCUCUCAUAUGUACAGCACUAUUGAUCUUUUGGUAUAAGACAACAAAUAUUCAAUUCGAACAAACAGAGAUAGAAGAAACAGAUUAUCCUUUUGAGAUGGCAAAGGAAUCUGAUCCAGUCACAGAGAAACUAAAAGCCUUGCCUCGCGGAAUCAUACAUGCUACAUCAGACCUCGAAUUAAAGCCUCUCUNGUCUAGUACUAGUUUGAGGUCAAAGGGUGUCGAUAUGACUAACCGUAACUUGCUGGCAAUACCCGUAGGAAUUAAGCAAAAGAGUAAUGUCGACGCUAUGGUAAAGAAGUUUCUUCCAGCGAAUUUCACGAUUGUUCUUUUCCAUUACGAUGGCAAUAUGGACAAAUGGUGGGAUCUAGAGUGGAGUUCAAAGGCCAUACAUAUAGUUGCUCAGAACCAAACAAAAUGGUGGUUUGCGAAACGAUUUCUCCAUCCUGAUGUUGUAUCCAUUUAUGAUUAUAUUUUCCUUUGGGAUGAGGAUCUUGGAGUAGAGAAUUUCACACCAGAGAGAUAUUUGAAGAUAGUUAAAUCAGAGGGACUGGAGAUAUCUCAACCGGCUUUGGACGCAAACUCUACUGAAAUUCACCAUAAAAUCACACUCCGUUCUAGAACAAAGAAAUUUCACAGGAGAGUUUAUAUCAGUAAAGGCACUAAAAAGUGUUCUAACGCUAGUGAAGAUCCUCCUUGCACAGGAUUUGUUGAAGGAAUGGCUCCGGUGUUUUCAAGAGCUGCUUGGUUUUGCACUUGGAAUCUUAUACAGAAUGAUUUGGUUCAUGGAUGGGGAAUGGAUAUGAAACUCGGGUAUUGCGCACAGGGAGACCGGACUAAGAAUGUAGGGAUUGUGGAUAGUGAGUAUAUCUUUCAUCAAGGCAUUCAAACUUUAGGUGAAAGUGUACAUUCUGAGAAAAAGAGACAUGGACAUACAACCUUUGAUUCGAGAACCUCGAUAAGGAGGCAAUCAACAUGGGAGCUUCAAACAUUUAAAGAACGAUGGAACAAAGCUGUCGAAGAAGACAAGGAGUGGAUCGAUCCAUGGUCAUCGAGCUCGAAGGCAAAGGGGAAGAGUAACGGUAAUAACAGAAGAUUAAGGCGCGGUAGUAGUCACCGGGUAAAGCAUAAGAGAACUCAAGAGACAUCAACAACAUAA